GACUUAAGAGAUCACCAGAUCUCAUGUAGUAUGUCUGGGUGGAAAUGUUCGGUUCCUACCCCCUAUAAACAAAACUGAUAAUCUGUACGAUUGAAAGAUAGGUUCCUUGAUUUCUUCGUUACUUCUUGCGAACAAUGGAGUAAGCGAUGUCAUCGUAUCGUAGGUUCUGCGGAAAUAACGGGAGAUCGCGAAGUUCUGGUUUUGUUUGUGUUUCGAAGUUCUUUCGCUCCAGUCCUCUGUUGCGUGGGAUUGUUACGUAUACGUUUCUGUAUGUGAAGUUCUUGGUUGUAUGGGCCUUGGUGCUGUUGGCCGACUUCAUUCUGGAGUUCCGCUUUGAGUACCUGUGGCCCUUUUGGCUUUUGCUUCGCAGUGUGUACGACUCUUUUAAAUACCAAGGGCUGGCUUUCUCAGUUUUCUUCGUUUUCAUUGCAUUCACUUCAGAUAUGAUUUGUUUCCUUUUUAUCCCAGUUCAUUGGCUGUUUUUUGCAGCAAGCACAUACGUUUGGGUACAGUAUGUGUGGCACACAGAGAGGGGUAUUUGUCUUCCUACCAUCUCUCUAUGGCUCUUAUUUGUAUAUAUUGAAGCUUCAGUGCGGCUCAAAGAACUUAAAAAUUUGCCAUUUCAUUUAGAUCUUUGUAGGCCGUUUGCAGCUCACUGCAUAGGUUAUCCAGUCGUCACUCUUGGAUUUGGAUUCAAAAGUUACGUUGGAUACCGAAUGAGGCUUCGGAAACAAAAAGAAGUUGCCAAAGAAAAUGAAUUUUACAUGCAGUUAUUACAGCAAGCUUUGCCUGCAGAAGCACCAAGCAUAGCUGUUUGUUCACAGGAAAAAGAAAAAGCUUCCAAAGUAACAGAGGAAGUAAUCUCUAAUGGUCAUUGUGUCACUGCAAAUCACGGCCAUGGAAGAAAAAGCAUUUGUAGUGGAAACAAUAUCAAUAACUCAAACAGUACAAAUAGUCAGAACAGUUUGACGACGCUGUCUGCUGCAAAUGGUGUUGACAGCAAAACAUCAUCUUAUUCAGAACUGGACUCUCGCGAGUCUCGGAAACACAAUAAUAGUUCUGUUGUUAUGGAUAAACAGGAUUAUCAGUAUAUGGAGACACAGCUCACCAAACAGACUGUCAAUGAUUAUGACGAUAGUGACGAGAGCUGUGAGCGCGAGAAACCAACCUUCAAGAGCAAUGGUGUCGCGUGCCAUGCAACGACUGGUUCGUCGCAAGGUCGUGGCAAGUACCAUAACAGUGUGAAAGACAAUCUCUCUACAAGUCUACACACAGGAAGCUCAAGGAGGAAUCGCAAUUCUGCAAAGGAGAUUACCACCAAUAGUUUUAGCUCUCCAAAAGAUGAGCACACAUACAGACUUGAGGCUGACAUAAAAAGGUUAAAAGUCGACCUUCAGUCGAGCAGGCAGUCUGAACAAGACCUCAGAAGUCAGAUACACAGCAUUUCUGUGGGUGAACGCUCUGUGAAAAGCGAGCUUCUACAGCUGCAACAAGAUAAUGAAUCUUUACAAAACAAGCUUCAAACUUUAACUGCCGCCCGACAGCAGGAUAAGUUAACUAUAUCUUCUCUUGAAAAACGGCUUCAAGAAGAAAGGAAGAUGAGAACCAUGUGUGAAAAUCAACUUGCUGCUGAGCGAAAGGCAAAGAAAGCUGAUGAAGCUGCUGCUGCACGGGCUGUUGCUUUGGCUACUGCUGCAAGGACGGAGUGCACAGAAACUUGCAAAUCUCGACGGAGAGACAUGGAAAAUGAAAUUAAACAGCUCCGACGGGAUUUGAAAUUGCGUGACGAAAAAUUAACACAAAUGGAAAGGCAAGCACAGUCUUUGUCCUCAUACCAGGAAAAUAUUAGUAGCACACAAGCUUUGGUUUCUGCUUUGAAUGCAAUGGAAGAGAAAAAUGCUCGCUUGGAAAACAGUCUGAGUGCUGAGACUCGAUUAAAACUUGACCUCUUUUCUGCCCUUGGAGAAGCAAAACGUCAACUUGAAAUUGCACAAGCACUCUUGGCUCAGAAAGACAAAGAGAUUGAUGAACUGAAAUCCAAGAUUGCUGAGGUGAUGGCCGUCAUGCCCGUCACCAGCAGCCCCAAUUGUUACGCCCCUAAUCAGCCCGCGAUCAGUCUUGCCUCCGGAAUCGUCUCCUCCCUCCUUUAUUCCCCCAAGUAUAUGGGAGAGGAGAAAGUGGUGGCCAAAUCGAACCUGGAUCCCAAUGCUUCCGUGUAUACUCCUAAAGUCGCACGACUCGCAUCCGAAUCCGAUAUUUGAAAACAGAGGGACUGGUGCAGAAGAAAAGCUAAAUGGUUUUUUUCUUCGACCCCUCUUUGAAGAUUAAUUGAUGAUUUUUUUUCUCUGUGGCUGUUGUACUUCAUUCCUGUGCUCCCCUCCACAUUGGAAUCAUGAAAACAAGAACUUAUUUUUUAAAUUUUCGAGAACAGGAAAAAAAAAUCAAUAUUGCUGAUUCUUCUUAAGUGUUUUAUGGACGUUUUAAAUUGUCAUUUUUUUUUGUGGACUUUUUUUCCUGUGCGCGCCAUUUGAAGUAGAUAAUUCUUUUUUGACAUUGCAGCUUUUUGCAUUUUUAAAAAAAGAAGUUGCUGUGAUUUUUGUUUUUGUUUCUCCCUUCCUUCGAUUUAAAAGGAAGCUGUUAUAAUUUCUGUAAGCGAUCGUGCAAGACCACCCAUUACAUAUUAAAAUUUUUUUCUUUCUUUUAUGCGUGGUGUAAACAAUGCCAAUUUUUAAUGCACUCGCCUAAUUUUUGUUCCCCAUUAUAUACCAUAGAAUCUUUUUCAAAAUGAAAAAGAAGUAACUGCACCAGUUCUUGGUUUAUACUGUUGACCUUGAAACAACAACCCAGUGAAAUAAUUUUCUUCUGUAUUUCACUUAAAAGUUUGCCAUUAAUUGUUUGGAGACGCAGUGACAUCUUGUAGAGAAAGUAAUCCUGUGACCAUGCAGCACAUGUAAACCUAGUCUGAAAUUUAUUUUUUUUCUUAUUGCAAAAAAAUGCACAAUAUUCCAGUGAUUUUCUUUUUUAUACACGUUUAUUCUUGUUUUAUUUUUGAGUUAAAAAAUACUGUUCUUCAAAUAAAGAAGGGGGAAAAAAAAUUCUCCCAUUGAAUUAUUUCACUGGGUGUCUCGUAAAUGUUUGUGUGUAUAUUAGUAGCACAUUUUUGUGUAAUUGCUCAGUGGAACAUUUUUGAAAGUCUAAUGUAUGUCUUUCCAAGUGAAAAUAUGUAAUGAAAAAAAAAGUUGAUGUUACCUUUUUGUUUCCUCCCCUUUUCGCAACGUAUGGACACCUGGGUGGUCCUGGCUUAUUUGUUUUUUGAAGUUUACACCCCCUCCCCCUUUACACCGUUUCACAUCUCUGUCAUUUGCCAUCUGUAAUUGUCAUUUGUUUUUUAUUUUUCGCAGUAGUUCACUGCGGAAAACUAAGAGGAAGGCGAGAGCUUUUCAGUUGAUGUACCACUGUGCAGUGGAAUUCAUUAGACAUGAAUGUAUGGAUAAUUAAAGGAAAAGUCUUUCAUUGAAACUAA